AUGCUAGACUGCUGCAAAGAGACCUGCGCAGAUGUCAAGUGCACGCCCUUCACACUGCCAAUCAAGGCCAACCAACACGAAGUCUACCCGGACGGGGAGAGCCAGAGCUUCUGCUGCGAGCCCACCUGCCAAGCCUACACCUGCGACACCCGCAAGGGUUUGACGCUGGACAAGGCCAAAGCAGGGCUCACGCACGUGAGUGAUGAGACCUGCUGCACAGCCACCUGUUCCACAGUGGUGUGCCCUGAAGGCUACAUGACCCACCCUGCGAAGGUCAAUUUGGAUGCCAGAAGCACGGCCUGCUGCGAGCCGCUGUGCAGCUCUCACGUGUGCAGCGCUGGGUGGGCCACUGACGUGUCCAAGGCGACGGUGGUGGGAAACACGGACGAGGUGUGCUGCCACCGCACCUGCAAGAUCUUCUCCUGCUCCGAGGGCUGGGCGAAGAACCCGGCGGUGGAGAGCAACAUCGGCGUGGAUGAUUCCACUUGCUGCCUCCCCGAGUGCAUUCAGUACCAGCCGAAGUGCACUGGAGACUACGCACCAAAUCCAGAUGCCAACAAGACGGUUGGGCAGACGGCUGACGUGUGCUGCAAAAAGGCCUGCUCCUUAUUCGAGUGCGGCUCUGGUGCUGUGAACGUCCCCAACGCCAAGAGCGUGGUGGCCGCAACUGAUGAAGAAUGCUGCGAAGACAGUAGGUGCCCAUCCUUCAGAGCAAAGACGGAGGUGAAGGAUGGCUGCAACCAGCUGAGCAAGGAUGAUUGCGAGAACAGCUAUGUCAAGCUGAAGAACACGCAGACCAACAAGACGGACACCUUGGCUUGCAAAUGGGCCGACUAUGGCCUUUGCCAAGUCCAUGAGCUUGAGCCGGUGAACUGUGCAGAGUGA